ACUGCUCCACAUUGAGCUCCAGCCUGGCCGCGGUAGUAGUGAGUGAGAGAGACCGAGCGCGCGUCGUAGUAAAGCACGCUACUAUGAAGUUCUGUUUGUAACUUAAUUAUUACUUGCGCCACCGCGACAGGAACCUACCUUGUUUUUCCCCAGCAUCAUUCCACACAGGAUUGUGCCGUAUUUCGGAGGGGUUUUCGCCCGAGAGAGAGCGAUGUCGUCCGCGGCGGUUGCUGCUUCGAGGAGGCAGUCGUGUUAUUUAUGUGACUUGCCCCGCAUGCCGUGGGCUAUGAUCUGGGAUUUUACCGAGCCCGUUUGCAGAGGAUGUGUCAACUACGAAGGAGCCGACAGGAUCGAGUUUGUCAUUGAAACAGCCCGGCAGCUCAAAAGAGCGCAUGGAUUUCAGGACGGCAGACCGGCGGGGCCGGGGAAACAGUUACCGGGGAAGGAGAUCCACGCGUCGGGAGACCCGGGCUCGCGCCCGCCGCAGCCGCUGGAUCGCUACCCGCUCUCCUCAGAGCGUCCGCCCAGAUUGGGAGCCGAGUAUCAGUCUGCGAGACAGGCGAACGGCAUCCCAGUGCCUAACGGAUUCUCAAAACCCGACGAUCCUCCGGAGCUCAACCGCCAGAGCCCGAACCCGCGCAGGACUAGCGGCGUGCCGCCCAAUUUAGUGCCUUUAGUGAACGGCAGCAUGGCGCACGCGAUGAACGGCAGACCGGGGCAGAUGUCAGAUCUCGGAGGGAAUAAGCGACCGGCGUCGGUCUCCAGCACAGAGCACGACAAGGACAAGCACAGACCGGACAGCCUGACGCCGGAGAUCAGCGACGGCCACAAGACGCGCGCCGACGACUGGCUCAACAAGAACAAAACCGUGCGGGAGCUGAUGACGCUCAACCCGUACGACGGCAGAUUCAAGAAGGAGCACAUGCAGCAGAGGGUCAUGUACGAGACUGGUCCUGCAUCCAAAUCAGAUCGAGGCAAACAUCCCAAGAAUCUGAAGAGAAAAGCUUCUCCGGAGCCGGACGGGGAGGGCACGGCUGGGAAGAUUAACGGAGACGGACAGCAGUGGCUGCCGUCGGCAUCAGGGGACGGGUUGAAAAUGCCCCCAGUGCCGCCGCCCAGCUUCACCUCUCCACCUUCCACCAUCUCCCCGCACCCUCGCACCACCCCGCCGGAGGCAGGAGCCGCCGCCGCUGCCACCCAGAACGGACACUCUCCCAUAGCAGCGCUCAUUCUGGCCGCAGACAAUGCUGGUGGCAACAGCUCGCCGAAGGACGCCAACCAAGUGCACUCGACCACACGCAGAAACAGCAACAGCCCGCUUUCACCAAACCAGCGGCGGCUGGCGCAGGGUGCAGGGACGCCUCACGUGCCAGGCAUGGAUGCGGUGCAUCCGCAGAGCAUCCCAGACUCGUCCGUUCCCAGCAGCAUCCCGCUGUGCUGCACGCUUUGCCACGAGCGGCUGGAGGACACGCACUUUGUCCAGUGCCCUUCGGUGCCGUCACACAAGUUCUGCUUCCCAUGUUCGCGGGAGAGCAUCAAACAGCAGGGCGCAACCGGAGAAGUGUACUGUCCGAGCGGCGAGAAAUGCCCCCUGGUGGGCUCCAACGUACCAUGGGCUUUCAUGCAAGGGGAAAUCGCCACCAUUCUGGCAGGAGACGUCAAAGUAAAAAAGGAGAGAGACCCUUGAUUUGCAGCGUUUUUGGUUUCCCCUUUCCCUUUUUUUUUUGAAAGAAUAUUCAAAAAUAUUGGUCUAUAUAAAUAUAUAAAUAUAUCACACGCAUACCAUCCAGACAGAACUAACGGACUUGUACAUAACGGACUUAAGGGACUUGCAUACUUGGUAAACAUUUGCUGUACAUUUUUUGAUUUUGAUCUUCUUUUCUUUUUGAAUACGUUGUGUUUCUAUAUAUUUUUUUGAAGAUAAACAGGUAUGUGCUCAUUAUAUCGGACUACGUUCUUCUUUGUCGAUGUUUAACGAUUUCUCGAUGUACUUUUAGGUAUGGUGGCAGUUCCUGUUAAACGUAGAAUGUGACUAAUGCAACUCUACGAGCACUUGGCAAAAAAAAAAAAAACUAAAGAAAAAAAAACGCUUCUAGCUGUACUUGUAUGCACUUGUUUAAAAAUUGCCAAAUACAUUUUCUGAUCUUGUAUUAA